AUGAAUCUCCCCGCGCUCCUCCGCGCCCUGCUCCUGCACACCCUCCUCACCACCACCCUCGCCGCCUCCCCCAUCCGCAGCAUCUUCCUCUUCAAAGACGUGCUCAAAUCCAACACGACCGCGCUCACCACCUCGGGCUUCAACACGUUCAUCAUCUUCGGCGUCGGCGUCCUCCCCAACGGCGACAUCAUGUACUACUCUAACACCCCGGGCAGCAGCGACGUGCUGCUCGCCUCGGGCGGCGCCUACGUCGGCGGCGACGCCCUCGCCGCCAAGGUCCAGUCCUUCAAAACGGCCAGCGGCACGCUUAUCAACCGCGUCGAGAUCUGCAUGAACGCGCAAAACAUCCGCCAGCUCAUGGCCAGCCCUGGCCCCGGCGCCACCACCCCGCUGUACCGCAACUUCGCGGCGCUGCGCGCGGCGUGGGGGCUGGAUGCGGUCAAUAAUGAUGAUGAGAGUAUUUAUGACUCGGCCAGCACCGUGGCGUUCGCCAGGAUGCUCGGGGCGAUUGGGUAUCGGUAUACCAUCGCGCCGUAUGAUGCGGGGCGGUUGGGUUUUUGGGCGGGGGUGGUCUCGGGGGUGAAUAGUGGGGAGAGUAAGGGGUUGCUGGAUCGGGUGUAUCUGCAGUUGUAUGAUGGCGGGGCGAGGAAUGUGCCGGCGAGCUGGCAGACGGCGCUGGGGAUGAAAGUGGUGCCGAUUUUGUGGGUGGUUAAUGACUCGAAGCCGCAGUUUGGGCAGAGUCCGGCGCAGGUGAGGAGUCGGCUGGCGCAGUGGAGUCGGGAGGCGCAGGUUGCGGGGGGUGGGCUGUGGAAUGAUUAUGAUAUUGAGAAGAUGGGUUUGGCGUCCGCGUCGUAUGCGGAGUAUGGGUAUGUGUUGAAGGAGGUGUUUUAUGACUAG